AUGGUGAAGGACGUGAAGAGAAAACCCUGUUCUAAGAGCCUUACACCGAAAUCAGCACGAAGACCAGUGCCACAUAACGAAGAGAUUCCCGUACCAGUAUGUUCCACAUUGCCAGAUGUUUCGAUGUCAGAAGUAGAAGAAAUUGAGGACCAGUACAGUAACAGCAGUGGAAGUGAAUAUGAGGUAAUACCAUCAACACCCCAGCAGUUCUCCUUAGAAGAACUGAAUGGCCUGAUACGAGACCUAGGUCUAUCAAAGCAAGCAUCUGAACAUCUAGCAUCCAGGAAAUAUGAUGAAUCUUACUUAAAAUUUGGAUUUACUUGGACGGGAAGUUCAGACGAGCCUUCUCCACAAUGCGUGGUUUGUUCAGAAGUAUUAUCAAAAAACUCUAUGAAAUCUUCUCUUUUGAAACGCCAUUUUGAAAGUAAACAUGGAAAUUUAGUAAAUAAAGAUUUAGAGUAUUUUAAACGUCUUUUGGAAGAUCUUCAUAGUAGGAAAAGUACUAUAAAACAUUUUUCUGGAGCAGACAAAAAUGAAAAAGCUCUGAAAGCUUCGUAUAAAGUUAGCCAUCUAAUUGCUAAAUCUGGGAAAAUCCACACCAUUGGUGAAAACCUCAUUCUCCCUGCUGCAUUAGAAAUAGUUUCUUGCAUGUUUGGAGAAAAAGAGGCAAAAAGUAUUAAAAAUAUACCAUUGUCAAAUGACACAGUUUCACGAAGAAUCAAUGACAUGGCAAGCAACACAAAAGAGCAACUCGUGCUAGUAAUACGAGAAUGUCCGUGGUUUGGAAUACAAAUUGACGAAACGACAGAUGUUGCUGGCUUAGCCCAAUUGAUAGUUUUUGUGCAUGGAAUCCGUGAGGAUAAAGUUACAAAUACAGGGAACAUUGAAAAAUUGCUUCAAGGAUCUUCAGAAGAAAAAAGAUUGACGGUUGUAGCUAAAGAAGCCGAGUACAAAUUAAGUUUGGACCUCAUUGCAGAAUAUAAUUGCCCAAUGUUGCUAAUGGAUCAUGUUGUUAAACUUUUAGUAUCUAGUAUUCCAGAUUCUCAAGUGGUGAAAAAUAUAAAUUGUGGGAGAACAAAGGCUACCCAAAUAUUUAAAAUGUUGAAGAUUGAGGCUAAAAACGAACUUGUGCAACAACUAAAAAAUAUGAACCAAAGUUCCAUUAAAGACCAGUUAUUGUCACUGGUAGAGGUAGAGAAUUGCUCUGCAGAUGGUCUCACUAAAGCCAUUGUGGAUUUACUGGAUAAAUCUGAAAUUAAUUACCAUAAUUUUAUUAGUUUCGGUGCAGAUAAUGCUUUUGUUAUGAUGGGGCAGAUAGCAAAACUUAAAGAAAAAAGUGAAGUUAUUAAGAAGAAUUCCGAAUUGUUUGGUGAGGAGAAAGUAGACGAAUUGUUUGAUGCUGUACAGAAAAGAUAUAGUAUCUACAUCGCUUUGGAUGUAUUAAACGCUUACAGUACCUCCAAAAUCAAGAUUAUUCUCGAAGAGAACGAAAUUUUAUUACAUGCAUACCAAGUGAUUCAUAUAUUUAAGAAAAAGGAAGAUCUUUUUAAAAUAUAUAUCGAUUACAGUGUUAGUUUGCUUAAAAAACCGUACGGUGAGAAUGGUGUCCUGAAUGUAUUGGCUUUCCAGAACCCUUCUCUCUUCUUACAAUUAUUUAAAUGUGAUAAAAUAGUUACCGAAACAUUACCGAAAGCAACUAGUGCAGGAAUUGCAAAUAUCACCAAACCAGAAAUACUAGAAAAUCCUAAAUACGGAUUUCGUUAUAUUUUAUAG